AUUCACUGUCGAGCUUCCCCUAAAACCCUAGUCGUUCGACGCCACUAAAACCUUCGUUCCACUAGUUUCUUUCAUCCAUGGAGUUCUGGGGUAUUGAAGUUAAAGCAGGAAAGCCUAUUAAAACAGACCCUGGUGCCAAUCAUGUUAUCCAUCUAUCCCAGGCAUCCCUUGGUGAGUUGAAGAACAAAGCGGAGUCUGUUCCACUCUAUGUGAAUGUUGAUGGGAAGAAACUUGUUCUCGGAACACUUUCCCACCAGAAUUGCCCUCAAUUAAACUUUGAUUUAGUAUUUGAUCAAGACUUUGAGCUCUCCCACAACUGGAAAAACGGAAGCGUAUAUUUCCUUGGUUACAAGACUGUGGUGCCAGAGGAAGGGGAUGACAGAUUCGAUAGUGAGGAAGAAAGUAGCGAUGAUGAGCUUCCUGUGGCUGCUGCUGAAAAUGGAGAACCUAAGACUGAUGCUAAAACAGCCAAGGCUAAUGCUGGGAAACCCGAAGCUGUAAAAAAACAAGCUGUAAAGAUAGCAGAACCAAGCAAUAAAAAGAAAAGUGAGGAUGAUGAUGAUAGUGAUUCUGAAGAUGGAAGUGGUUCUGAUGAUGAAGAUGACUCUGAGGAUGAAGACGAGAUUUCUAUGGAUGAUAGUUCAGAUGAUGAGGAUGAGGAUGAAGAGACCCCUAAGAAGGCUGAGUCUAGCAAAAAGAGACCGGCAGAAGCUUCCACUCCUGUUUCUGCAAAGAAGGCAAAGUCUGCAGCAGCUACACCUCAGAAGACAGAUGGUAAGAAGGGCGGUCACGCUGCAACACCACACCCAUCGAAACAAGCUGGGAAAUCUUCUGGAAAGAGUCCCAAGUCUGGUGGUCAAUUCUCUUGUGGAUCUUGUAAAAAGUCCUUUGGUUCAGAGGGGGGCCUAGAAUCCCACAAGAAGGCCAAACAUGGUGGCAAAUGAGCUUGAUUCCAACGUGGUUUUGGUAGAUUAUGUUUUUCCUAGUAAAUGAGGGAUUCGGGUUUUUUUUAAUU